GCCAUCACGCCGUCGAUCGGCGCCUCAAUUUUGACUGAACACUGUUCUUUCAGCCCGCGCUGUACCUUGAUACCUUCAACUAUAAUGUGCUCAACGAGGUAUACCAGAAGCUCUCCUAGUGGGCCCUUCCCACAAACUUGACUGGUGCAGAAAGGCCGAGCAGUAGCCAGGCCUCUGCGAGUAUAAUGCAACAACUGCUUGUUGGAUUCGCCAGCAAUACCUGAGUACCAGUUUUCUUCCUCCAGUAUAUCUGCACUUUCCCCGAAACGUAAAGCAGCGUUUUCGGUGGCAUUUCUUACUUGUCUCUGUGCUUACCGUAAGAUGGAGACUUGCCUGGACGCAAGUCCGAAUCCUGGACGUUCACGGCUCAGCAGUCGUUGCCGCUGACGCAAUGGAGCGGCCUCGAGUCGCUCGCACUCUCCUGUGCUUGGUGCUGGUCUUGUACCAGGCACAAUGCCAGCUCGCGCGAGGGCACCAGUCAGCACCUGCCAGCGAGCAAAAGUUCGUGCGACCCGUUGGCGCCUUUGCUAGCGCUGCAGCCACUCACCAAGCGGCAUCACGGCGUCGCGUGCUCCAGAGCGGCUCGGGUUCCGGUGACACCGCAGCGGUGUGUGAGCAGGAAUGUCAGGCGGCUCAGCGUGAGGCUCUGGGCCAGCUGUACACUGCAUGGGGCGGACCGGGCUGGCGCCGCCGCCAGGGCUGGCUCACCAACACCUCCAUCUGCACCUGGGAGGGCGUGCUGUGCUGCUUCGGAUCCGGAUCCGGAUCCGGAGAUGGCGGCGGUGGAGUCGGUGGGGACGGGGGCGGGGGCGCCAGCGGCCCCUGCCCGGCCGGCACGCCGGAGGUGGUGUUGGGUCUCAGCCUGCCAGCCAACAACAUGACGGGGCGGCUGGGGGCGGCGCCGUGGGGGCUGUUGGCCGUGUCGCUCAGGCUGUUGGAUCUGGACUCGAACGCCCUGUCCGGCCCCGUGGGCGCCCUGUCGGCCCUGUCGCAGCUGCAGUACCUCACGGCUGCAGCCAACCAGCUCACAGGCCCCCUAGCCCCGCUGCUGGCAGUAGCAGCCGCCGGCAGCAACAGCAGUGGCAGUGGCAGUAGCAGUGUGGGCGGGAGCGGGCUGCUGGGCCUGGCGGCGCUGCUACUGCCGGCCAACGGGCUGGGCGGGGGCGUGCCGCUGGAGCUGGCCACACACGCCACACUGCAGGUUGUGGACCUGAGCUCCAACCCGGCACUGGGUGGCGCGCUGCCCGCCUCGCUGUUCACCGGCCCCAACCAGCUGCGCAGUGUGCGGCUGGCGGGCUGCGGCCUGGCAGGCAGCUUCCCGGCACUGCCGGCGGAGGACGCGGGCGAGGCAGACCACCUGUCCCUGCUGGACGUGUCGUUCAACUCGCUCACCGGCCCCCUGCCGCGCUACCUCACCGCCCGCAUGCGGCUGUCCCACCUCGACGCCUCCCACAACGACCUGUCCGGGCCCCUGUGGCCCCUGCUGGCGCCCUUCGCAGCCGACAUUGGCGGCGGCAGUAGCAGCAGCAGUAGCAACAGCAGUGGCAGCGGCAGUAGCAGUGGGAACAGCAGCAGUAGCUCUGGCGCAAUCGCCAACGGCAGUAGCAACGCUACUAGCAGCAGUGGUGGCGGGAAGCUGGUCGCAGGCACGGCCGUCACGACUGCGGCGGCGGGUGUGGCGGCGCUGGGGCUGGGCGCGCUGUCGCUGACGCACCUGGCGCUGGCCGGCAAUGCCCUCACGGGCAGCCUGCCAGCAGACAUGCGGCUGGGCAACCAGAUGCAGGUGUUGGAUGUGGGCUCCAACCUCCUCAGCGGCCGCUUCCCCGCCAUCUUCAGCCGCGCGCUGGAGGCGCUGCGGGUGGGCGGCAACGCCGGGCUCACGGGCCCGCUGCCGGCGGGGGGGCUGCCUCGGCUGGCGGCGCUGGACGUGCGCGACACAGCCAUGCAGGUGGGGGGGAGCACGUUGUCCGGCGACGCCGCCGCGGGCGGCCCGCUGUGCCCCCCCGCACUGCUGCGCACCCCCGCCUCAUCCGCCUACUCCCCCGGCACCCCCGCCGCCGUGCCGCCCCGCUAUUGGCAGUACGACGGCUGCGUGUGCGCCGCCGGCUACAGCCCUAACUACACCCUCGCCAAUGGCAGUAGCAGCAGCAGCGUUGGCGGUAGCGGCGGCAGCAGCAGUAGCAACGGCAGCAGCAGCGGCAGUAGCAGCGGCAGCAGCAGUGGCGCUGGCGGGCCGGUGACGGGCAUGGCGUGCGUUGCCAACGUCGGCCCGAGCCCGGGCGGUGGCGGCGGGGGUGGCGGCGGCGUGCCGUGGUGGGGCAUCCUGCUGGCGGUGGUGGGCGGGCUGGCGGCGGCGGUUGCGCUGCUGGCUCUGGGGCUGCUGAUGGCGCCCUCACUUGGGGACUACCGGGCGCGAGCUGCCAAGAGGCUGCCGCCGGGUUCCAAGCCCAAGGCGGGCACACGGCGGCGCGAUGUGACGCUGGUGCUCACAGACGUGGAGGGAAGCACGGAGCUGUGGGAAUGGGACACGGACCUGAUGGCCGCCGCCAUUGACCUGCACGACCAAGUGAUGCGCAGCCAGGUGGCCAAGUGGUGCGGCUACGAGGUGCAGACCGAGGGCGACGCCUUCCUGGUGGCCUUUCACGAGCCCGGCGACGCCGUGGGCUGGUGCCUCACAGCCCAGCUGGCGCUGCUCAACGCCGACUGGGAUGUGGAACUGUUCCGGCACCACAAGGCGUGCGUGGAGACAGUGGACACACUGCACGCCAAGCUGAUGGCCAUGGUGGCGGCGGCCGGCGGCGGCGAUGGCGGCGGCGGCGGCGGCGGCGGCUGGCCUGCCAACAGCUCGUCCCGCGUUAUCGGCGGCGGCGGCGGCGGCGCCGCCGCCACCUCAGCAGGUGCCCUGUACGGCGGGUCGUUGUACUCGCCGUUUGUUACGAAUACGGGUGCCGUACAGCCGCCGCCGAACACUGCGGCGCGUGGCAACGUCACCCAUAGCGGCGCCUUUCUCGGCGGAGGCUUUGGCGGCGCUGGCUUCGCGAGCGGCUUUGGCUUUGGUGCCGCCGGCGGCGGCGGCGGCGGCGGCUCUCAGUGGCAAAGGACGUUCCAGGGAGUGGCAGCGGGCUCGGGUGCUGGGCCUGUGCCCCAAGGCGGCGGCGCAGGUGGCGGCGGCGCUGUUUCGGCAGCCCUCCAUGCGACCGCGUCGUCAUUCCUGGGGGGCUAUGGAGCCAGCAUGCCGCAUGUGAACCUGCCCCACCACCUCCAACAGCAGCUACAGCUACAGCAGCAGCUACAGCCUCUGGGGGCUGGGGCCAGCUCGCAACUGGCCCAAUCGCUGGCGUCGCCCCUGCCACCAUUGCCGCCGAGGUGGGGUGCGCCUGGGCCGGCCGGGGCAGCUAGCGGCAACGUGACAGCGCCCCUGCUGUCCCUUGUAGGGGAGGGGGCAGGGACGGGGACGUACCCGCAGGCACACACCGGAGCCGCCGCCGCCGCCGCCGCGGCUGGCGCCGGCGCCGGCGGCUCUGGUGCCGGCCAUGCUUCUUAUAGCGAGCGGCUGCCAACGCGGACACUGCAGCAGCAACAACAGCAGCCGCAACGGCCGCAGCCACAAGGGCCAAUGCAGGAGGAGUCCGGCGCGCUGGUGCCUCUGCUGGACACUGUCGACUACCCCGUGGGGCACCCAGCCUCGGUGGCGGCGGCGGCACUGCGCGGCGGCUGCGGCGGCGGUGGCGCCAGCGGCGGCUUGCCACAGCACAUACUGACGCAGCAACGGCGGCACCCGCCUGCAGCGGCGGCGGCGGCGACGGCGGCGGCUGCGGUGGUACGUGCUAACGGUCGCAGCAGCGGCGGCAGCACUUCCGUGCACUCGGCCAGCCUUCCUCGCUUAGCCAGUGGCGGCGGCGCCGCCGCCGGAACCCGAGGCCCCAGCCGAUCCAAAACCGUCAGCGGCAGUGGCGCCGCCUUCGCACAGGGCCUCAGCAUAUCAAUGAACCUGGGGCUCGCGGGGAGCUCGGGCGCCGCAACAACCGGAGCAACGGGAGCCGCUGGCAGGCGCGGCGUGCGGCGCGGCGGCGGCGGCGGCGGCGGGGCCCCGGACAGCGCAGUCACGGACCCCGGUUCUAUCUUCGUGCUUGGGGUGUCAGCCCUGGAAGGCACAGCUCGCACGGAUGAUGUCAGCCGCCCUCUCGCUACACCGUCAGCCCACGGCGUCGGCAUCGGCGCCGCCGGCAUCGGUGGCGGCGGCGGCGGCGAUGCUGCCGCGGCUGCCUCCGCUCCUGAGAUCGUGGCUGUCACUGGCGAGCCCACCGGCAACGGCAUGAUCAGCGGCGACGACGACAGCGUCAACCGCCCGGUACGGAGGCCCGACCUGCUGCUGGAUUCCACGGACGUGGACGAGCGCGGCGGAGCUGACGGCGGCGGCGGCGGCGGCGCACAUGACGGCCCGGCGGCGGCGGCGGCUGAGGCCGAGGCGGAGGCGUAUGUUUCGGCGCUGGCGGCUGCGGGAGGCCGUGGUGGCGGCGCCGCCAGCGGUGCCACCAGCGGCGGCCACGGGCUGGAAGCUUUUCGCGCGCCCCCCGGCAGCGCCGGCGCCGGCGGGCGGGAUGCGUCGCUGGACCGGCUGCGCGGCGUGCUGUGCGCGCCGUCGGGGGCGGCUAUGCUGUCUCUGGGGGCCGGAAUUGGCGGCGGCGGCGGCGGCGGCGGCGGCGGUGACAGCAGCUGUCAGUUGGUGGCUCCGCAGCACUCGCACCUGAGUAAUGUGUCGGGUGUGCAUGCUGCCGCCGCCGCUGCCAGUGGCGGCGGUGCGGCGGGGCUGCCGUACCAGACCAUGAUGUUCGGACUGGACAGUCCGCAAGCCGGCGGCCUCGGCACCGCCGCCGGCGCAGCCGCCGCCGCCGCCGCCUUUGGCGGCGCCGCCAGCGGCCUGGGCGGUGGCGCCGCCGCCGCCGCCGGUUUGGACGUUGCGGACUGGGCUGACUGGUCUCGCUACUGCCGACUGGGGGUGUUGUUCCGGGGGCUGCGUGUGCGCAUGGGUGUGGCCACGGGGGUGACGGACGCGGCGGGCGGCGUGGUGCGCGCACACGCAGUCACACACCGCAUGGAGUACAACGGCGAGGUGCGGCGGCGCGUGGCGGCGCUGUCAGACAUGCCGUACGGCGGCCAGGUGCUGCUGGACUCGCAGACCUUUGACGCCAUUCACAACAGCCUCAGCGGCCUGGGUGCGCGGGUGCUGCAGGUGUUGGCCAAGGAGAGCAGGCGUGCCGGCGGGCGCAGCAGCAAGUACCUCCACGCCCUCUCCCGCAGCGGCCCCUCCAUGACAGCAGCUGCCGCCGCCGGCCCCAGCGCGCACUCCGUCGGCGGCGGCGGCGCCGCCGGCGGCGGUGGCGGCGGCGGCGGCGCAACCGUCAACCGCAACCUGUCCAUGGCCGCAUUCACGGCCUUCAGUCGGCGGUUGCUGUCGGUUGACGCGCCCAGCCGCCGGCGCCGCAGCCACAGCCACAGUCGUAUGCCGCUUGACUACGUGACAGCACCAGAGCCGUCGUCGGGGGCGGCGGCGGAGACGCCCACGGCGGCGGCGGUGCCGUCGCCGCUGCGGCCGGGCGUUUCCGGGCCGUCGAUGACGGCGCCAGCGGCGGCGGGCCGGAGGCUGCAAACCCGCAGCACCACGCCUGCGGGAAUGGAAGGCACGCCCGCACUGACGCCGCGCUCCACGGCACACACAGACCUGGGGUUCGCCGUCGCGCCCGACAGCCCUGCUGCCGGCGGCGGCGGCGGUGGCGGCGGCGGCGGCGGCGUUACACGCAGCAGCAGCAGCGCGGCGCACGCCAGCGGCGGCGGCGGCGGCGGUGGCGGCGGCAGGUCCGUCCGUACGCUAGGCAGUGGCGUGGGUGGCAGUGGCGGCGGCGGCGGCGGCGGCGGCGGAGGGCAGGUGGCGGCAAGCCGGCGGCUGCUGAUGGGCUGGGGGCGGCCUAAUCUGGCGCCGCUGCGGUUGGCGGCGAGGGCGAUGUCGGUUGGCGCCGCCGGAGGGCCCGGCGGCGGCGGCGGUGGCGGCGGCGGCGGCGCGGCGGCUGCGGCUGGGGCAGGCGGCGGCGGCGGUGCUGAGAGGCCGCCCCUUGCGCGGCAUGGCACCAGUCUGGAGCUGAGCAGCUCUACCCAGCGGGCCUCGGCGGCGCUGCGGGGUCUGCAGCAGGCGGCGGUCAGCCUGCUCCGGCCGCAGACCAGCAGCGGCGUCGGCGGCGGCAGCGGCUCGCCCAUUGCCGGGUCGCAGGCGGCGGCAGCUGCAGCACAACAGCACCAGCAGCAGCAGCAGCAGCAGCAGCAGCCAAGGAACUCUUACAUCCAAGAACAGGCCAACGCCCAAGUCCACCGAGCCCCCAGCUCAAGCAACAUCAACUCCGACCUACGCAGCGCCAACGCCCAAGUCCACCGAGCCCCCAGCUCAAGCAACAUCAACUCCGACCUACGCAGCCAGCAGCAGCCAGGGGCAGGCGGCUCCCCGCACACGUCACCGCGCUCUCCGUACUGGGCCGGUGCAGCUGGCGGCGCCGCCGCCGCCAGCGGCAGCACCGGUGGCGCCGGCGGCGGCGGCGGUGGCGGCGGCGCCUCGCCGCCGUCAGGCUCCCGUCGCAACGUGCGCGCUGUGUCUCGCAGCCGCCUGCGACUGCUGGGGUCGGCGAUUGUGGCGCCCGCGGCGGUCGAUGUGGAAAAGGGCUCCGCAACCAGCGGCAUUGCUAGCGCUUACGGCAUUGCUGGCGGCGCCGAGGGCAGCGGCGAAAGCGCGGAAGGCGACCGUGUCCUGCGUCCGGUGAUGGAGCACAGCGCGGCCGGCGGCGGCGGAGCGCCGCUUGAGGCGGUGGAGGAAGCCACUGCCUGGCUCGGCGGCGGUGAUGGUGGUGGUGGCGGCGACGGCGGACUGGAGCUGUUGGCUGUGGCGGAAGACAGCGGCAGUCUUGAGGCGGCGGCGGAGGCGGAGGCAGAGGCGCUGACGCCGGUGGCACGUGAAACCGCACGCCGGUCACUCUCCGCGCCGAGGCCUGGCGCCAUCCCGGCCGCCGCCGCCGCUACCUCUGCCUCCGGCGAUAACGCCGACGGCACCGGAGGUGGCGGUGGCGGCGGCGGCGGCGGCGGCAACGACGCGCCUGCCGCGAGCCCGGCUGCGCUGGCGGCAAGGACGUCCGGCGGCGCGUUUGCGGCGUCGGCUGCGGCGGCGGUUACGUCGGCGGUUGCCAACGUGUUGCGCCGCGCCGUCAGCGGCAACGGCAGCCGUGCUGGUGCGCUCGGUACAGUCAACCCGCCGCGCUUCGGGCAGUGCAGCGAGGGGUUCGACGCGCGCGGCAGCGUCGGCGGCGGCGGCGGUGGCGGCGAGCCGCCUUCACUCCUCCUGGCGGCUGCCGCCGGCAGCGCGGCCGCCGUGCCUCUGCUUGCAGCGGCGCCGCCGGGGGCUGUUGCAGCGGCCGGGGCCAUGCCAGGUGGCGGCGGCGGCGGCGGCGGCGGCGGCGGCGGCGGCGGCGGUGGCGGCGCAUCGAGCUCGUACUUGGGUGGAGCGCCAUCGGCGCCGCAGGGGACCGCGCUACAGCAGGGCUCCAACAGCACGGCCGGCGUCCAAACGACCGGUGCCACGCACGGCGCUGUCGCCGCCGCGGCGCCGCCGCCACACCCACAGCUGCCGUCGGCGUUGCCGCCGCUUCGCCCCUACGCCUACCCCCAUCAACCGCACCCGAACCAACCGCACCAACCGCACCAACUGCACCACCACUCGUUGUUCCAGCCCAACCACCCCCACACGCGCGCCCACUCUGUGGACGUGGCGCCGGCGCAGCUGCUGCAGAUUGCGACGAGGCUGAGGCUGCCGUCGGACCCGCACAUGGGCCACCUCCACGAGGUGCCCACAGGCACGCCCAGCCAGGCGACGCCCGCCACCCGCGAGACCGCCGCCGCCAACGCCGCCGCACAGGACGCAUUUGUGCGCCGCGGCGGCGGCGGCGGCGGCGGCGUGUCACCCGCUGGCGGCGGCGGUGGCGGCGGCGGUCAGGGCCAGCCCCAGGGUCUGUCUGUGAUGGCGAUGGGGGUGUUCGAGCUGGAGGCGGGGAACAGCGUGGAGUAUGUGAACGUGACGCAGGUGCUGGCGCCGGGGCUGGAGGAGCGUGCGCGGCUGUUCCGGCCGCUGUCGCCCGCCGGCAGCCCGGGCGGCGGCAGCGGGCGGCAGCUGACGCCGGGCUACCUAGACGCCCCCGCCGCCGCCUACGCACACCUGGGCGCGCUGAGGCCGGGGCCGCGGCUGCGGCUGCUGCAGCCGCCCUUCCCGCCCAUAUGCAUCGUGUUCUGCGGGCUGGAGAAGUACCCAGAGAUGGUGGCCGUGUCGCGCGACCUGUCCUUCGACAUCCUGGCCGCCUACUGCGACUGCGUGCGCCGCAGCCUGCUGGCCUGCAACGGCUACGAGUGCCAGGAGCAGGAGGGCAACUUCAUGGCGGCCUUCGCGGCGCCCGCGCAGGCGCUGGAGUGGUGCCUCAUGCUGCAGGAGCUGGCUAUGGAGGUGUCCUGGUCCGGCUCCAUGCUGUCUCUGCCCGGCAUGGGCGAGCAGCGCCACCCGCUCACAGGGGCGGUGCUGUUCCGCGGACCCCGCGUGCGCGCAGGCCUGUACGCCGGCUGCCCCAACCGGGUGGGGCCGCACCCCUCCACAGGCCGAGCCGAUUACUAUGGCCCACUGGUGAACCGCGCGGCGCGCUUCUGCCACGCGGCGGCGCAGGGCGGCCAGGUGGUGGCCUCCCGGCAGCUGGUGGAGCACAUCCUCCGCGAGGACCUGGGGCUGGGCGAGGUGCUACAGCCGCAGCCCCAGCUACAGCCGCAGUCGCCGCGGCUACAGCCGACCCCGCAGCCCGUGCAGUCGCUACAGCCGCACCAGCAGCAGCACCACCACCAUCAUCUUUGGCAUUCCAACCAGCAGCUCGGUGCUUAUGGCGGCGGCGGUGCUGCCGCCGCGGCCGCCGCCGGCGGCGGCGGCCGGCUUCACAGCGCAUUGUGGUCACCUUGGACGGGAUCGGCGGCGGCGGCGGCGGCGGCGGCGCUACAGCCGCACCAUGCCAUGGGAGCUGAGUCGCACGCCUCCACGCCGGCAGUAGCUGCCUCGAUGGGCGCGACUGCUACAGCCUUGGGAGGCGGCGGCAGUGUGGUUGCGGGCAGUGGCGCUGUGUUGCGCCUGACGGCGGUGAUUGACAACAGCCGUGUGGCGCCGUCCAGGUGGCGGCUGCCCGCGGACGAGCCGGACACCGCGACCAAGCAGGCCGCCGGCAGCAGCGCGGCCGCCCUGGAUGACGACCGAGCCACCUUCGGCGGCGGCGGCGGCGGCAGCGAGGUGGUCAUGGCGCUCAGUGACCAGCCCGCUGCCCUCACCAGCCACGUCACACACCGCCUCUUCAACAAGCCGCGCCGCGGCAGCCAGCCCAACGCCGGACCCGGCCCCUCCGCCGCCGCUGGUGCUACAGCCACUGGUGGCGCUGGUGCUGGUGCUGGUGCUACAGCCGCUGCCGUGGCCAGCCCGACAAGCCUCACGCGUGGACGAGGCACGGGCACUGGGCUGGCGGCGGCGGCGGCGGCUGGCGGCGGCGCCGAAGCCGUCACAUCGCCGUCUGCGCCGCGAUCCCACUGGCCCAUGGGUCUGUGGGGCAGCUUCAGACACGCGGCCGCCUCCGCCUCGGGGGCAGCCGGUGCCGCUGCUGGUACCGGCGGAGGUUCGAAGCGGGUCACAGGGACAGGGGCAGGCGGCGGCGGCGGCACGGUGGCAGGCGGGUCGCCUCGCACCACGCAGAAUGGGCUCCGACGGCAGGGCACGAGUGCGGUGUCGGCAGAAGCUGGCGGCGGCGGCGGCGGUGACGGUGGCGACAGCAUCACUGGCCCAGCGUCCAACCCGCUUACCCGCAGCAACACCAACGCCGCCGACGCCGCAGAAGGUGGUGGCGGCGGCGGCGGCGGCGGCGGAACUGGGAGCGGGAUGAGGUUUCACCAGGGACCGCCGCCGCUGCGGCUGACGUCAGCCCUCGGCGCGUCGCGCCGGCGGCGGCAGCGGCGGCGGCAGCGGCAGCGCCGUGGCUCCGAUGGCGGCGCCGUCCCGGACUCCGACGGCACCGAAACCGACAUACUGCACAGCACCCGCAGCGUCGGCGGUGGCAGCCGCUUCGGCCUUCCCACAAUUAGCUUUGCCGGCGGCGGUGCCGGCGGCUCCAUUUCCCGCGCCCUGACCCCACUCCCGCGCCCUACCGGCGCCGGCGGCCAGGUAGGUCGGGACAGUUUCCCCGCCGCCGCCGCCGCCGCCUCUCCGCCACUGGCUCGUGUCAGCAACGGUUGGCGGUUGGUCAUCACCGAGGUGCACGUGUCCGAGCUGGCGGCGUACAACAUCAACCCGGCUACCGUACCGGCCUCCAUGCGCGCGGUGGUUGAAACCGCCAUCGCCGAGUCGCGGCGCGUGGCGGCGGCGGCGGCGCUGCUCGCCUCCGCCGCCGCCGCGGCGGCGGGCACUGCCGGCGGCGGCGGCGGCGGCGCCUCCGCCAGUCUCGGCAGCCUGGGCGAAUUAUCGCGGCUUGAUCGGGCGUCGGCACAGCGCCGUGCCUCUGCGCGCAGGAGCUCCUACUCACAUUCGCUGCAGCUGCUGCCGCCGCCGCCGCCGCCUCUCGGCCUCCCCGCCACUGGCGGCGGCAUGCGGCCACCGCUGUCGCCGCUUGGGUCGCCGGCAGCGGCGGCAGCGGCGGCGGCGGCGGCGUCGGCGUCGCCGCUCGAGCAGCAGCAGCAGCGGUGGCGGCAGCUCAAUCUCCGGCUAUUGGGCGGAGAUGGCGGCGGCGGCGGCGGCGCGCUGCCGGCGAGUGCGGCGGAGGCGAUGGGGCUGGUGGCGCGCGGCACGAUGUCCUUCACGCGCCAGGGCGGCAGGGCCUCCGCCUCAGGUUUCGGUCUGGGCCUACCCGGCGUGCCGAUCGCGGGCGGCGCGCAGCCCAGCCCCCACGGCCACACCCACCACGCCUCCGCCGCCGCCUCGCCGGCCCCCCGCCCUUUCGGCCUCUUCGGACCCAGCUACGCCGCCGCCACCACCACAGGCGCCGCCGCCGCCACCACCACAGGCGCCGCCGCCGCCUCCGCCACUACCCCAGGCGUGCUCAGUCCGGUGCCGGCGCGCACUGCUCCCGGGCUCUUGCUCACAGACGGCGCAGCCGCCUCCGCCGCCGCCGCCGCGGCGGCGGCGGCGCUGCCGACGCCUGGCGGCGGCGGCGGCGCCGCCUACAGUGGCGGGCUGCGCGGCCGCGCCGCCAUGCGCCGCGCCAGCAUCCUCCUGCAACAGGACGCGGUGGGGAGCCACGUGCUGCCCUCGCUGCCCGACAGCUCGUUGCGGCGGCGGCUGGGCCCGCACCGGUGGCUGUGGGCGGGGGAGCUGGUGGUGGAGGACCUGGGCGAGUACAGGUUCAAGGGCGUGGCUGGCACGCACGCGCUGGUGUGUGUCAGCACCGCCGCCACGGAGGAGCGCCGUACGGUGGGAGGCGGCGGCAGGCUGCGGCACGGCGGCGGCGGCGGCAAGGGCGAGCGGGUGGUGCCGGGCCGCGGCCUGUUGUACCGCAUCACGCUGCAGGCUGCCGAGAUCCCCUUCGGGCUGCUGGUCACGGAGCCACUGGACCCCUCGCCGGGCCCUGCCGCCAUCCUGGUCGGCGAGGAGGAGGAGGAGGACGAGGAGGAGGCAGCGGCGGCGGCGGCGGCGGCGGCGGCGGCGGCGGCGGAGUCACAGCGCCAGCAAGAGCGGCUGCUGCGUCAGGCGUCAGGCUCCUUUGCUGGGGCGGCAAGCAGCGGGCGGGGCGGCGCUGGCAUGAGGAACGCAACCGCGGCGGCGGCGGUGGCGGGGGGGUCGGUCGCGGUAAUGGAGGUUUCGGAGACGGGCUCGGAGGCGGGAAGUAUGUCGCAGCAUGGCGGCGGGGGCGGCAGGAGCGGCCGCAGUGCGACCUCGGCCGCUCUGCGUCUGCAGGGGCAGGGGCAGUCGGGCAGUCCGCUGAGCCCGCAGGGGCAGCAGCUGUCGCCGCACGUGUCGCGCGCGCUGAGGCAGCAGCUCAGCAGCGCUCGGGCGGUGCGGGCGGCCGAGGCAGCCGGUGUGCCGCCGCCGCAGGACGAGGCGGAGGCAGCGGAGGCUGCUGCCGCAGCCGCGGCGGUGGCGGCGGCAAUGGCGCCGUAGUGGUUUUGAAACGGGAGGAGGGUGGGGGCGUUUGUUGAUACUGAGCAUUGUGCGCGCGCACGAAUGUGCAAGAGCGUUAUUUCUUGUUGGCUGUCGAGGCAAUGGUGGCAUUGUGGCAUUGCCCGGUGGGAAAGUGAGUUGCAACUUCGCACAAGACUUCGCAGGGGGCCCCGCAGCCUCGUACUGGCGAACGUCCUCGUAGAUCCCGACGUGAUUGCUGGACUAGGAGCAUUUUUAGUAGUCGUCCGUGCCUGUUCUGCUUCAAAGACACAGCAGACGGCGAGCCGUCAUAAAGAGCCUGUCACCGUUGUCCAUUUCUGUAGCGGCUCGCUCUCACGCCUCUUUCUUCCUGGUCCGGGCGCAACCCCCAGUGGACGCGUUCGGACCAGAGUGACGUGACUAGUUUGUUAGCUGCGGGUUAGCACGGACUGUGCACCCCACCCAACCGGCCAUGUCCGGAUUUGCGGGGAUGCCAAAGGCCCCCAACAUAGAGGCGUGUGCUUAGUAGGCGCCCGCGUCAAGGUGGCGGGGUUAAUAACGACCCGGGAUCAGCCCUUUUCCUGCCAUAAGGCAGCCACCUCCUUGUUAGUAGUUGUGAUAAUUAAUUUGUGUAGCGUGCCCUUUCUGCAUUGGUGGCGGUGGCAGUCGCAUAGGAACCAAUGGCUGCGCACUUGAGCCUGAUGUGUCGUCUUUGAUGCGACCCACCUGGCUACAACUCCGCUCCUUUAUAAUUGAUCAUGACUGCAACCCCCUUCCAUGCCUGGCUUGCUUUCAAUGGUCGGGCGUGGCCCUCCGUCGAUGCCAAACCAAAGCAUGCGAAUGCUUGCGUUGGAGGGGCCGUGGGCAUGCCUAGGUACGAUUCGCUGUCACACGGUGCCCGACGGGGCGGGCUGAACUCGUGGCUGCCGGACGGCGCAAGAAGGCAAACCUACACCGGAAUGUUUCGGGCUUUCUGACAACGGCCAACAGUGGGGCGUUGUUGUUGUGCGCGUGCGGCACUCGGCUAUCACGCACGCCUAUCGCGCUCGCCUAUGGCUACGGGUACGGUGUAUGCAUUUGCCUGGCUUAUACUACGAACUACAGUACGCAGCAGAAGUGCAGUCUGUUUGAAAUAUGAAACACUUCGCCGUGUUAUAAUGGCCGUGGGCAGGAGAUGACGUGACCGUGUCGCGAUGGGGCGCGUGCCGUACGCGUUUGCCCCUACAGUUACACCACAUCUUGCAUACUGCCUCGGGCGCCCCGGGUCGGCUGGACAGUGACAGUCCACUGGCGAGGGUUGGCGGUGUUUGCCUGGCUUAAAAUCCCCAACUACCGUAUGCGGCAGAAGUUGCAGUAAGCGGGUUAUGUGAUGGCGCGUAGAGCGUAUGGUUCAUCUGCAUCCACACGGGCAGCAAGUACGGGACAUGAGUCGUACCUCCACAAGGUGAGCACGUGCGCGCGGCUGGUCCGCCCUGCCGAGUAAUUAUUCUCGGCCAUGACCCAACAAAGCCAGCGCGAAGUGUGCGGCCGGGACUGAUGCACGGCACCAAGUUGCCAAACCCUGCCAAACGCACGCUGCGGCGGAUCUUGGAGCACCGGCAGCAGCCAUCAGGGGCUGGUCAGCAGGGCAGAUGGGAGUGGGUUGGGAAGCCGUUACCAUGACGGCAUAGGUCGUAGCUGAGUUGUGUCCACGCCGUUGAUCCCCUGAAAACACGGCACGGCACGGUACCGCAGUGUGCAUGGUCGGGUUGUUGGGCGUGAAGCAAGGGCGCUGGCUUCUCAGGUUGUAGGGCCAGGUCCUGUGCCUGGCUGGCUGUGACCCAUCUGGUGCCCUAGGCCCAGCAGUUGCGGCGUGCGCGUGCAUAGCGGAGGGGGAGAGCAAGGCCACGUGGAGGAGGAGAGUGCGGCGCCGCCCAAGAAGCGGCGCCGGCGCGCAUGUUGAGGCCGGCCGGUGUCUGGUUGGCAGUCUUUGCUGGCAUUGCACCGCACAGUAUGUGGUAGGCCGCAGCAGUGAGGAGUGUUGUGGCUAGAGGUUUGCCUGCUGUUUGUUUGAUGGCUGGCUGUGUUUGUCUUGGCAGUGGGAUGUGGCUGGACGCAUGGCGGCCGUGCCUAUACGAACCAGUCCCGGCUAUGUCCGGGGAUGAGGUAGACGCUUGCGGCCUCAGACUAGAGACGUGGCGCGGGCGCAGCCCAUUUUUCCCAUGACCUUGUCCGGCAUCCGGGGCCAAGGACAGGGGCACGUGCCAAUCAGGUGCACGUUUCACAAACUCU